CAGGUACCUGCUAAGGUUGCGAUCCAACAUCAUUUCCCUGACGAAACUCUGUUUCACCUCCCCACCGGAUCUUCUCAGAAUAGAUAAAACCUUUGAAGCUGUAACAUACUUCUCUCUUGGCCGAAAUGGCCCAAUUCUUUCCUCAGAACGCCCAAUCACCUUAUGGGUCCUCUGCCCAGAACCUUCAAUUCUAUCCAUCUUCCUACUCAACUGGCCCGGUGUCAGGACACACGACACCCUCUCAAGCAUAUGGCGCAUACGGCAGCGGAUCAGCAGCGAGCGCAUACCCGGGUGCCGGGUUUGGAGCUGGAUUUGGAGCUCCUCCAGCAGUGAGCGGACGCAUGGGCGAACAAGGUGGCUUAAGGACGGGAUGGCUUGCAGCUUUUGGUACAGAAGGCUAUGACGGUGAACCCCCGCUGUUGGAGGAAUUAGGUGUCAAUUUCGAGCAUAUAAAAUUCAAGACCCUUACCGUCUUAAACCCUUUGGCGCGGAUUGACCAACACAUCAUGGACGACUCGGAUCUGGCUGGGCCGAUGCUCUUCUUUCUGCUGUUUGGCACCUUCUUGCUCUUCUCUGGUAAGGUGCAUUUUGGCUACAUCUACGGCCUGGCCCUUUUGGGAAGCGUAUCUCUCCAUAUCAUCCUUUCGUUGAUGUCACCUCCGCUGCCCUCUACGACCGAGACGCAAGAUUCCCAUGACCAUACGGAUGGCUCGGGAUCACACUUCAGCUCGACCCUGACAUUUCCGAGAUCAGCUUCUGUGCUUGGAUACUGUCUUCUCCCGCUGGUUAUGACGUCGUCGAUCGGCAUUCUGGUUCCAAUGGAUGGACCGCUGGGCUAUGUCCUUACUACUGCGGCCAUUGUCUGGUGCACGUACAGCUCAAGUGGCAUGUUCUGUGCUGUUGGAAGAAUGAAGGGAAUGCGAGGCCUUGUUGCCUAUCCUCUGGCAUUAUUUUACGUUGGUUUCGGAAUCAUGGGCAUCUUUAGCUCGAGAGGGGCCGGGAAGCUCGCUGCUAAAGCUGCUGGAGCCUGAAAUUUCUUUUUAUCAGUUCAUUAGAAAUCACCGAGUGUUACGCAUUAGAAUCACGACGGGCCGGAGUCGCGGUUAUCUAUAUAUAUCCAAAGCAUAUGAGUGUUACGAGAUUGUACUAUUACUCGCGAGAAAAGAAAACCCUUUAAUUAACACAGCG